AUGCCAAGUAAUGAGGACAAUUCGGGGGGAAUAUCUUCCGAGAAGCCUACCAGUCAGCUUACCAGGCCGAAUCUUGACAUUUUUAUCCAAGAUGACUUGUUGAUGACAUUUGACAAGGAUGCAAGAGAGGGUCUGACACAGGCCAAUCUCGCAAUGAAAACCGUGGAACUUCAUAGUGACAAGAAUUAUGGCAAGCCAAACAAGGCCUUUUCCCAUUCCACAAACCCUGAGUCUGUGAAAUUGAGAAACAUCGCGUUGUUGAAAAGCAAGAAACGGGCCGAGACCUCCACGUAUGAAACAUACAGAGCUCUUAGGAAACAGAUGAUGGCCUUGCCUGUGCGGAAAUAUGGAAAUAAGGUAUUGAAUCUUAUCAAAAGCAACACCUACAGCAUCCUUGUUGCAGAGACUGGAUCCGGGAAGUCCACGCAGUUACCUCAGCUCAUUUUAGAUGAUGCAAUCGCAAGUUCUGUCGGCGCUCGCUGUAGGAUUCUUUGUGUUCAACCACGGCAAAUUGCAGCAACUUCAUUGGCAAGGCGGGUAGCUCGCGAAAGAAGUGAGAAGCUCGGUGACACUGUUGGUUAUAGUAUACGGUUCGAUCACUGCCAUCCACCUGACCACGGAUUUAUCAAAUAUUGCACAACGGGGAUUUUGUUGAACAUAUUGAAGGGUGGACCUGCCAGCUUGGAUCAGUUCUCCCACAUUAUACUCGAUGAGGUUCAUGUCCGUGAUGUUCAGAUCGAUGUGGUGAUGAUGCUCCUAAAACGCGCGAUCGAGCAGCGUCAGAGUAUAGGGGCAAAUGUGCCGAAGGUUAUUUUGAUGAGUGCAACCGUUUCUGUCGACCUUUUUGCUUCCUAUCUCGGCUCCAAAGCGCCAGAUGGAAAAAUUAUGCCUGCUCCUCAUUUGACUAUUCCCGGACGUACUUUCGAGGUAAAGAGACAUUAUCUUGAAGAAGUUGUUCACAACAUCACCCAUUCCUUGCCGCCAGAUGUUCUGUCGGUUCUCUUUCGGAAAGACAAAGAUACAGCCUUAUUCCUGAACAAUCAUUUCAAAGCCUUUGAUAACUCGAAGCAAAACGAAAACCUACCUGCGCCAAAGCCGCACCUCAGCACUGGGGGAGAUCACCCGCCGCAGCAGUAUCUCCCAACCCAGGAGACAAAUGUUAGUGAACUUGCAGAGUUGAAUGUACCUUCUGGUUUGAUAUCUGCAACCAUUCUUUCGCUUUUGUGUACAACAAACGAAGGUUCCAUUCUUGCUUUUGUUCCCGGAAUCAAACAGAUUAACCUGAUCGCCUCGCAAAUGAAAUCUAUCGGCCCUCAGUUUGGUUUUAAUUUUGAAGACGCAGAUUUGUUCAAGAUCAUUAGGUUGCAUUCAGAAAUACCAAACGAACACCGCGAACUUUCCGUUCCAGCUCCUCCAGGUUGCAGAAGGAUUAUCAUUGCGACCGACAUAGCGGAAGCAUCUCUUACCAUUCCCGAUGUGAGGUUUGUUGUUGAUUCUGGCAAGGCAAACCAGAUGAAUUACAUCACUGAAGAGCAAAUUGGGGAAUUAACCCCCCGCUGGAUCAGCAAAUCUGCUGCCCUACAGCGGGCAGGGCGUGCGGGAAGAACACAGGCUGGAGAUUACUAUUUUCUUGGGUCUUCACAGCAGUUCGAAAACCUAAGAAUGACAAAAUCACCCGAAAUUACGCGCGCAAAUCUCGAAGAACUCUGCUUGCUUACCAAAAGAGCGAGUUUGGGGACGUCGGAUUCCAUCUCAGAUCUUCUUGGACAAACCCUUGAGCCACCCAGUGACGCCAGGAUUCAUGCUGCCUUGGAAUCUUUGAAAGAUCUACAGGCAUUGGACGACAGGGAAGAAUUCACUGGUCUUGGCCACCUUCUCGAGAAACUGGAUAUGGACCCAUUCCUUGGAAAGUUGGUUGUUCUGGGCAUCAUAUUCCGCUGUUUGGACCCUAUGGUGAUCCUUGCAAGUCUUGGGUCGCCGUCAAAGCUUUUCCAGCGCCUUGUCAGUGGACUUGAUCGCAAAACUUUGAGCGAAUCACGUUCUGCUUUCAACCAAGGAUUGCAGAGCAGCCACAUGGUUGACAUCAACGCCUAUCGGGCCCUCCGAGCUCAAUCUUCCGAAAAGGCUGCUGCUAAAUUUGCUCACUCGCACUGCAUGGAUUACGACGCUUUUAUGAAAGCUAAAUCAGUAGGCCAUCAGAUUCUGGCGAAGUUGCAUCAAGUGGGAUUAAUCAACAAGGCCCCUAACCCUAAUUCGCGUGGUUUGUUUGGUGACUUGAGCAUGAAUGCCAAUUCCAAUAACGAGAAUCUUGUCAAAGCCCUCUUGGUACAUAGCCUUUCUCCCAAACUGGCUGUGAAACGCGCUCAUACUUCUUUCAUCCGAAUCAAACCUGGAGUUCCCGUGUCCAGGGCAAAGCCAAGCCCGGAAACCGCCAUAUAUGCAUUUGCUCGCAAGUGGUCAACCAGAGAUAUCCCCUUGGGUAUAUCAGAUUUAACUCAAAUCCGUCCACUGGCUGCUUGCCUCUUGACAAGAAAGUUAGAAUUGGAGCAAGACAAGCUUGUUUUGGACUCCUGGCUGAACCUCAGAAUAAAGAAUGAGGGUUUUUCAAAGGAAGAAAUUUCCGAGAACUUGAUCCAACAGCACCAACUCUUGAACGACGUCAGUAUCUUGCCAUUAGUCAACAUUUCAUGUGCUAAUAUCCUACAGGCCCUUCACACUGCCUUUGAAGCUCUCCCCAACAAGGAUUUGGGUGAUUGGGAAAAAAAUAAUAAGUAUAUAUCCGCCCGCAAAAAUCUUUUCACCAACCUUGAGAACACAAUGGAACUCAUUGUAAAUAUGGAUAUCCCACGGGUGGCUCCUAAGGCACCACAGCACUGGGAAGAGUAA